AUGGCCGACGACAUACCGCGGGUGCUUUCAGUGCAGAGCCACGUUGUCUCCGGUUACGUCGGUAACAAAUGUGUCACGUUUCCUUUGCAGGUGAGCCAGUCCGUGAACGGUUUUGAAGUCGACACGAUCAACUCAGUACAAUUUUCGAAUCAUACAGGCUAUCCUCAGUGGAAAGGCCAGGUGCUUAAAAGCACCGAACUGGAAGAUCUGUACGUCGGUUUGAAACUAAACCGUUUAACUAAAUAUUCAUUUGUGCUGACGGGAUACGUAGCAGACGAGUCUUUCUUGUCGAAACUUGCCGAUGAAAUUCACGAGCUUCAUUCAGAAAACUCCAACAUGUAUUACAUAUGUGACCCGGUCAUGGGCGAUGAUGGCCAUUUUUACGUUGCCGAUUCGCUGCUUCCUGUUUACAGAAACAUCAUAUCGCUGGCUGACGUGAUCACUCCGAACCAGUUUGAAGCCGAGGCUCUUGCCUGUAUGAAGAUCAAGACGGAAGAGGACGUCAUUUCGGUGCUGUCGGCUCUGCACAGACUUGGUCCUAAAAUGGUUGUGAUUACUAGCACAAACUUAGCGCAUUCAGAAGACGUUUUAUAUGGUUACGGUGGGGAAAUGAUUGGUAACUUGUAAAA